UUCCUGCACCUUCACUGGUUAGGAGAAACGUCCCGUAGUCUUGGGACGUCUCAGUCCCAACUCUUUCUUUAGAGAGCCUAGCACCCCAGCACCCAAAUUGAUGACCAGCUUGCCAGCAACCAUAAUCCUGAGCCACGCAACUAACCAAUGCAUGUAGUAGCGAAUAGAGACCCCAACUCUUUUCCAAGGCACUUCAGCCUCAGAAUUCGUCCGGGCGUGUUAGUAUCAGUCGCUACGCCAGUUCUUCGUCUCAGUGCAACAACUGUGUCUGUCGCGGCCAGGGCUAUUGUCCCAGACGUGGUGGCCACCGCCGUCACAGUAGCAGAUCCGGCCGUAACAGUGGCCGUCGUAGGGAUGGAUUCUGUCGUAGUAGCAGUUCGCGUCGUAGCAGCAUUUCUCGUCGCCCUAGCAAUGGCCGCAAGAGCCCGCCUGAACAGCAUUAGCAGCGACAUCCUCCUCAGUAGGUGGAGGAUUCGCCGGCGGCAUCCAAGAAGUACACAACGCCUGGGUUGACCACGUCGAUCUCCCUAGCGACCUGGAUCACGACACGGUAUGCUCUUCCCAAGUUCUAAUCGAUUGCUCAUUCAUCCACUUAGCGUUAGUAAGUUCUGUGCCUCCCUCCCUAGGCAAAUUCCAACUACUUCUCCUCAGCUACGACGAUCUUCUUGAUGUCAUCCACGAUUCCUAAUGUAUCGCUGUCACCAACACAACGGGGGACGAAGAUGCCGU